AGAGAGCGUGUGUUUAUGUCUCAGUGUGUGACAAAUAAGAGGGAAAAGGUAGCGCUGGUGCACACAACAAAGCGUCCGACUGACUGAAGCGUUUAGAGUGCAGAUAUCCGAAGAAGAGGUCUACUUCCAGGGAUGACAACACGGCAGAGGAUCUACUUUCAAUUCACGCUCUCUUUAAACUGAAAGUUUUGCGCGUCGUCGACGGAAGGACAUCUGCUUUCAAGUUUUCACCAAACAAAAGUGUUUGCCUGCAAAAUGCAGAGACCAGGCGGGCAAGGGACGGCGUUUUCAAUCGAUUCCCUGAUAGGGACCCCUCAGCCCAGGCCGGGACACCUGCUCUACACGGGCUAUCCUAUGUUCAUGCCGUACAGACCUUUGGUUAUCCCACAAGCUUUAUCCCAUUCCCCUUUAUCGUCUGGUAUACCUCCACUCGCGCCAUUGGCUUCUUUUGCGGGACGACUCACCAACACGUUCUGUGCCAGUUUGGGACAGGGGGUGCCAUCCAUGGUUGCGCUCACAACAACGAUGCCAAGUUUCUCGGAUCCCCCGGACAGUUUCUAUCCACCGCAAGAGCUGCCUGGUCCCCGUUUAAGCGCUGCUGACCCGGGAGCGAGAAGGCAAGAAAGCCCGCACUCUGAGGAGCUGCACAGCCGGGACAAGAGCUCUGAGAUGCUCAACUUCUCGGAAACUUUUCAGACAAUAUCAGGUGAGACCAAACUCUACAGUUCAGACGACGAGAAGCUGGACCUAAAAUCAGCAGACACCGUUUGCAGCGACCGAGAGGACAGCUCCGCGGACAGCGAGAACGAAAGUUUCUCGGACGGCAACAACUGUGGUCCCUUGUCCCAGAAGAGCAAACUUAAAACGGGCUCGCAGGAGGCGCUACCGACCGGCAGCUCAGCAGGGAAGAGCCGGAGGAGACGAACAGCUUUUACCAGCGAGCAGCUGCUCGAACUCGAAAAGGAGUUUCACUGUAAAAAAUACCUUUCUCUGACUGAACGCUCCCAGAUUGCACAUGCACUUAAACUGAGCGAGGUGCAGGUGAAGAUUUGGUUUCAGAACCGCAGGGCCAAAUGGAAACGGAUCAAAGCAGGCAACGUCAACAACCGGUCGGGAGAACCGGUGAGAAAUCCCAAAAUUGUGGUCCCCAUCCCAGUGCACGUCAACAGGUUCGCUGUGAGGAGUCAGCAUCAACAAAUAGAGCAAGGGACCAGGCCAUGAACUCAGAUGAAAAUACAUUUUAAAAAAUAUUAAUAGAAACUCUUGACUCUAGGUUCCACUGAUUUGUUGAACGCAUGAAGCACAAAAAGGAUGAUCCAAUUAUUUUGUCUGAGGGAGAAGAGGAUUUACCCACAGACAGCUCAAUUAUUUGGCAAUAUGCUCUCAUUUUUAUUUAUUGUUCUGUUAAUAUGUAAAUAUAAAUGGGUAAAAAUUGGUACAAAUGAGCACUAUGAGAUGCGACUGUAAAGAUUUUUUUAAGUAUUUAUAUGUAGGGCCAAAAUGUUUUGUUGUUUAUGUGCAUGUCCUCAUUUGGUGAUGCUAUUCUGGAUUUUUUUUUUCUUGGUUUGUUUUGUGUUUCGUACAAUUUGUUGAACACAUUUGCAUGUAACUUAAGGCGUUUUUGUUUGGCAAGUGUAGAAACCA